AUGAUGGACUCAUCGAUCCCCUCUUCGAUCCUGGAGGGAGUUCCGGUUCCUGUGGAUACGUCGCAUCUUGCGUCGCAAGUCGUGUCUGUGGCGGCCGCCACAGCGCCCCCCGUCCAUGCCAUUUCCAUCCAGGUGGGCGAUUUGUUCCCUGAUAUGAAGGCGUUUCGCGCGCGUCUUGGACUUUUUGGUAUCACCAACAAGUGCCCAUACCGUGCGCGACGUAGCGACAACAGCCGCUUCGUUGGCGUCUGCCCCACUGUCAUGAACGAGCUCAAGCAGAACAAAGAAGGCAACCGGAGCAGUCAUACCGAGUCCAAAGAACCGUGUCCAUUUCAUGUCAUCGCACGAAGGCGGAAGGAAGGUGGCGUCUUCGUGACGCGUGCGAUUCUCAUGCACUCGCCUGACUGUGCGGCACCUAUUACUUUCUCGACAUCCGCGACGUCUGCCUACAUGUCGCAACUCAUGGAGGACAGCGCGUCCUUCAUUGCCCCGCGCGAAAUUGGCAAGUUCGUGCACGAAGCGACGGGCACGAAACUUUCGUACUCGACGUUGUGGCGUACGUCGCACCAACUGCAGACGAAAGAGCGUGAGCGACAGGAUGCGUCGUUCAAACUGAUUGUGCCGUUCCUGAAUGCGUUUUGUGAGGCGAAUCCAAACACCGCUGCUGUUGUAGAGCAGCAUUCCAACGGGCGCUUUUACCGCCUGUUCCUAUGCCCAGGCCCCACGGGUAGUGCGCUGGACGACUGCCCGUCCGGCGUGCAUGUUGAGUCCAUGUGCAUUCGCUCGUGCUACGAGGGCUAUGUCUUGCUUGCCUAUGCCAAAGACGGGCUCGGAGCUUUGCUUCCCAUCGCCAUGGCGAUCACGCCCCAAGCUGACGAAGAUAACUGGCGCUUCUUCUUCCACCAACUCCUGGCAGCUCUGCCAGUCGUUAGUUAUCCCAGCACCACCAUCUCCUACGACAAAGACAUGUCGAUCCAUGCGGCGCAGAUUAGUGUGCUGCCCGCCUCACGGAGUACCACGGAUGCUUCUUACGUGGAUUGGUCAUCGUCCGGCGCACUGAGCGAGUUCCACGCUCAAAUGACGCAUUUGUGUGCCGGUAGCUACUACUCUAUUAUGGUGGGAUGGAUAACACACGUCGCCGUCCUCAUGUACGCUCGAUAUGUCGAGCUCGAUGCUGAGCACAGUGUGUUCCCCGGCGGCCUCCUCAGUGGGAGCGCCGUGGCCCUUGGAUGGGAUGUGGCGUCGUUUGGUCCAUCUGACUACCUCGUCGUGAAUGCGCGUGAGAAGCAGCAAGUGAACCUGGCUAUUCGCUCUUGCAGCUGUGGCCAUUGGCUUGAUCAAGCGUUCCCGUGCGUCCACGCCAUACGGUGCUUGCCUUUGGAGCGUCUUGUCAAUCCCGCGCAGUUUGUCCACCCAUCGUACUUCACCGAGAGCUUGCGCCGCUGCUAUUCCCGCCGCUUGAUGCUCAUCAAUACCAAUUCCAUCAAGCCUCAGGGAUCAUCAGCAACCCCCGGCAAUGCAGCGUACUUGAACGAACAAGGCCCUGAGGGCGAGGCAGGCGUCACGCUCUCUGCCGAACUGCCCCUUCUUCCACCCACAUCCUUUGAGCCAGUCAAGCGCGGCCGCGGGCGGCCGCGCGUCGUUCGCACAAGUUCGGGCCGUGCAUCGGGUGUUGGGUCAGGGUACCAGUGUGGCCACUGCCACGGCAAGGGACAUAAUUCACGUACGUGUCCGAUGAACCCAAAAGACGCCGCCAGAUCGACGGCCGCUGUGCCCGGUACUACAGCGAAUCUGUCGCCACCGGCACCAUCGCCUGUCACAUUGGGUGCCGCUGCCCCAUCGCCCAACGUAUUUGUUGACUCAACCGUCCCCUUUGCCCUUGACUCGUCGCUCUCGACAUCCACGACGACGGUGUGA